AUGUACAACGCCAUAUUCGACAAGAGCGCUGUGUUUUCAAGCAUCACGGAUAAGGCUGAAAGGCGAGAUCGGGAACGCUGCCUUUUUGCGGAGUUCUGCGAAGAAGCCCUGAAAUACGGGCAUUUAUCUGCAGGCGUUUUGGAGUCACCAAAGCGCGUGUUGGUUUUGAUGAAUGAUCAGGCAAACGACGGGAAGUCAAAAGUCAAUUUCGAGAGAUACUCACUACCUCUGCUGCAUCUGGCCGGAUAUGACGUCAACGUUAUUAGAGUACGGCAGUAAGC